GCCCCGGACCCCGCCAUGCGCGCUGCCCGCGCCGCCCCGCUGCUCCCGCUGCUGCUCCUGCUGGGGCCGCGGCUGGCGGCUGCGGGUGUGGCCGAGCCGCAGCUGCCCGCCGUGGUGCUCGCCGUCGUGGCCCGCAAUGCCGAGCACUCCCUGCCCCACUACCUGGGCGCGCUGGAGCGGCUGGACUACCCGCGGGCCCGGCUGGCCGUGUGGUGUGCCACAGACCACAAUGUAGACAACACGACGGAGAUGCUGCAUGAGUGGCUGGCUGCCGUGGGCCCUGACUACGCAGCUGUGGUCUGGAGGCCCGAGGGGGCGCCCAGGGCCUACCCAGACGAACAGGGUCCCAAGCACUGGACCAAAGAGCGGUACCAGUUUCUGAUGGAGCUGAAGCAGGAGGCGUUGACCUUCGCCAGGCGCUGGGGGGCCGACUACAUCCUGUUUGCAGACACAGACAACAUCCUGACCAACCCCCAGACACUGCGGCUGCUUGUGGGCCGGGGCCUCCCCGUGGUGGCGCCCAUGUUGGACUCACAGACCUACUACUCCAACUUCUGGUGUGGGAUCACCCCGCAGGGCUACUACCGACGCACGGCCGAGUACUUCCCCACCAAGAACCGCCAGCGCCGGGGCUGUUUCCAGGUGCCCAUGGUGCACUCAACCUUCCUGUUGUCCCUGCGGGCCGAGGGGGCGGACCGGCUCGCCUUCUAUCCCCCGCACCCCAACUACACCUGGCCCUUCGACGACAUCAUUGUCUUCGCCUAUGCCUGCCAGGCGGCUGGGGUCUCGGUUCACUUAUGCAACGAGCAGAGAUACGGCUACAUGAAUGUGCCUGCGGGCCCCCACCAGGGCCUGGAGGACGAGAGGGUCAACUUCAUCCACCUCCUCCUGGAGUCCCUAGUGGACGGGCCCCCCAUGUGGGCCUCGGCACAUGUGUCCCGGCCCCCGAAGAGGCCCAGCAAGAUGGGGUUUGAUGAGGUCUUUGUCAUCAGCCUGGCCCGUCGGCCCGAGCGCCGCCAGCGCAUGCUGAGCUCCCUGUGGGAGAUGGAGAUCGCGGCACGGGUGGUGGAGGCUGUGGAUGGCCGGACGCUCAACGGCAGCACCCUGAGACGUCUGGGCGUGGAGCUGCUCCCCGGCUACCAGGACCCCCACUCGGGCCGCCCGCUCACGAAGGGCGAGGUGGGCUGCUUCCUGAGCCACCACUCCGUGUGGGAAGAGGUGGUGUCCAGGGGCCUGACCCAGGUCCUGGUGUUCGAGGAUGAUGUCCGCUUCGAGAGCAACUUCCGGGCACGGCUGGAGCAGCUGAUGGCAGAGGUGCAGACGCAGCAGUUGGCAUGGGACCUGAUCUACCUGGGCCGGAAGCAGGUGAACCCCGAGGAGGAAGAGGCCGUGGAGGGUCUCCCGCACCUGGUGGUGGCCGGCUAUUCCUACUGGACUCUGGCCUACGCGCUGAGCCUGGCGGGCGCCCGCAAGCUGCUGGCCUCGAAGCCCCUGCACCGCAUGCUGCCUGUGGACGAAUUUCUGCCCAUCAUGUUUGACCAGCACCCUAACGAGCAGUACAAGGCCCACUUCUGGCCACGGGACCUGCGGGCCUUCUCGGCCCGGCCACUGCUCACGGCGCCCACCCAUUACGCCGGGGACGCGGACUGGCUCAGCGACACGGAGACCUCCUCGGCCUGGGACGACGACAGUGGCCGCCUGGUCAGCUGGAGCGGCUCCCACAAGACCCUGCGCGACCCCCGCCUGGACCUGGCCGGCGGGGGCCAUGGUCUCCGGCCCCGGGACGAGCUCUAG